AAAUAUAGGAGGAAGGGGCUGUGCCUGAAGGUGAAGGGAACCAUGAUCGAGGUUGUGUGUAAUGACUGGCUGGGCAAGAAGGUCCGUGUGAAGUGCAACACGGAUGACAUGAUAGGAGAUCUGAAGAAACUGAUUGUGGCUCAGACAGGCACCUGUUGGAACAAGACUGUUCUGAAGAAAUGGUACACAAUCUUCAAGGACCACAUUUCCCUGGGUGACUAUGAGAUUUGUGAUGGAAUGAACCUGGAGCUUUAUUAUCAGUAGGGGCAGCGGGCCUGCCAAUUCUGCAACCCACUCCCUAUUUUUAAAGUCUGACUAAUGAAAAUAAUUUAAAUGCCAAACAAAAAAAAUAAAUAAAGAUAGACCUAGAUAACUGAAGAGAGAUUAUUUACUGGACCAUGUCAGUAUAUUAAAAAUAAUGAUACCUUCCUAUACAUAUUUACAGACUCAGUGUCAUACCGACCAAAUUGCCAAAGGAUUACGUUUAUAAAACAAAACAAAAAAUUCAUCAGGAGGACUAAAAAGACAAGGUCAAGAAUAUCAAGGGAAGAAAUGAAAACAAGUGGGGAGGAAUGGGGUUUACCUAAGUAUUAUUAGACCUCACAGUAAUCAUCACAACUUUUUGCUACUGGUUAAAAGUAGAAAUGGUGACCAGCAGAGCAGAUUAUCUGCACAAGACCAAGAAACAAACUCAGUAGCAUAGUCGCCAACAAGCCUACGGCCGUGAACGACUGAAAUUAGGACUCACUAGUCAACAAAAAGUGCUAGGAAAAUUAACAGAAAUUGGGUUCAAACCAGUA